ACGUUGUUUCCGGUUAUCAACUUCCGUAAAAAUUUUGACACGCAUAGAAAUAUGACGACUGCUAUAAAUUGUGUUAUUUAUUUUAAUAUUUAAUGCAAUGAAACAAUGUGGUCGCUAUUUUCUCGAGAUCCGGCAAAAGACUUUGCGUAUGUAAUUGGAGAAAAGAUUACUGGACUAGAGGACAAGUCUGUUUGGACGCUGCAUCAAGGAAAGAAAAAGAGUUCUGGGGAUCCAGUGUCAGUGUUCGCAUUUGAUAUCAAAGCCAGUAGUGAGAUUCAGGCGGCAUUAGCUCGUUCGUCCUUCAAAAGAAUCAAGACUUUGCGGCAUCCAAAUAUACUUACUUUUUUGGAUGGAAUUGAGACAGACAAGGUGAUCUAUAUCGCGACGGAGCCUGUCACUCCACUAGAGACGUACUUACACAACAACGAUGCUGCCCAAAGAGAGACACAGCUGGCAAUAUCAUGGGGUCUCCACAAAGUCACUAAAGGUCUGUCCUUUCUUGUCAACGACUGUGGUCUGAUCCACAACAACAUCUGCAUGAGUUCAGUGUUUGUGGACCAGGCCGGGGAAUGGAAGCUUGGCGGAGUGGACUACAUGUACCCUGCCUCAGGGGCAGACAGCAUGCCCCCUGUGAAGAUUCUACCGUAUCUAGAGCGAUACGACCCGCCAGAGAAAUCUGACCUCCAUCGAGGGAUUAAAGGAGAAAAAUGGUCGUCUGACAUGUGGGGGCUAGGCUGUCUUAUAUGGGAGGUGUUCAAUGGACCUCUUCCACGCACCACGGCUCUCAAAGCCUUUGGAAAGAUUCCCAAAAAUUUAGUGCCAAACUAUUGUGAGCUGGUGUGUGCCAACCCUAAUUCCCGUCCCAACCCUGCCAAAUACAUCUCAGAUUGCUGUGGACAAGGGGGUUUCCUCAACAAUCCAUUUGUGAAAACUAUGCUGUUUCUGGAGGAAAUGCAAAUUAAAGAUCAAGCUGAAAAGGCCAAAUUCUUCGGAAAAUUGGCAGAGGCCCUAGAUUCGUUUCCAAAGCAACUCAGUCGUCAUAAAGUCCUCCCCCAGCUACUACACGCUUAUGAGUUCGGAAACUGUGGGUCCAUGGUGCUGGCUCCUCUAUUUAAGGUAGGUCGAUUGUUGGAGCAAGAGGAGUACCAGGCCAAGAUUGUGCCAUGUGUUGUGAAGCUGUUCUCCUCACCUGACAGAAACACACGCGUGAAACUGCUGCAGCAGAUAGACAUGUUUGUGGAGCACCUGCAGGCACAGACAGUGAAUGACAAGAUAUUUCCCAACAUAGUGUCAGGUUUUCUGGACACCAACCCUGUGGUCAGGGAAAGCACUAUCAAGGCAAUGCUUCACUUGGCACCAAAGCUCAACUAUAAAAACCUGAAUGAGGAGUUGAUGAAACACUUUGCCCGACUUCAGGCCAAGGAUGAUCAGGGUGGCAUUAGAACCAACACUACAGUAUGUCUGGGAAAGAUAGCUUCAUACCUUAGCCCUCAGAUGCGACAGCGUAUCUUGUGCUCCGCGUUCCUCCGGUCCAUCAAGGACCCGUUUCCGCCGGCCCGACAGGCGGGCAUCAUCGGGAUGGGUUCUACCCAGCACCUGUUUACUAUGGCCGACAUCGCCAACAGACUCAUGCCUCCAUUGUGUGCCAUGACCUUGGAUCCAGAGAAACCUGUGCGAGAUACGGCUUUUAAGACUCUGAAGAGUUUUAUGGAGCGACUGGAAAAACUUUCUGAAGAUCCUGAGGUGCUGCAUGAGCUGGAGAAGGACGUCCUGUCAGGCGGGGUACCAGACAACUCUGCGGCCGGUUGGGCAGGCUGGGCCAUAGGGGGUGUGUCCAAUCUCACCUCCAAGGUCUACAGUAAGGCCACAAAAAAGUCUCCAACUGCAGGUCCAGCCAUGAAGGGGUCUGCCCCAUCAUCAGAAAUCCCGUCAGUGCCUGCAGCCCCUAAGCCAGACACUGGCCCCAAGGUUACCGACAACAACAGCAGGGAUGACGUUGUUGAGGAUGAUGACAGUAGUGCAGGCUGGGAUAAUGAUGACGAUGAUUGGGGCGAUAUUGAUUCUCCUGCACCGCCUGUACCAGCCCCAACACACACACGCCCUGCCCCAUUAGCCUCUCGGGCCCCGGGGAUUAGUGACUUGGACACUCACAAGUCCCCAGUGGGUGGGGACCAGGGGUGGGGUGAGGAUGAUGAGGAGGACUGGGGAGACAUUGAUGUUGUCCCCACUAGUCAGCCAGUGAACGCCACGCAAUCCAGUUCAAGAAAUGACACUAAGAGUGUGCCAAAAUCAAGUAAAAUCAGUGACUCACAGAAAACUCAGCAGAGUGAUUGGGGUUGGGGUGAUAGCAACAUGUCAGAGUUUGAACAAGCCACACAGAUGCCCAGCAAGCCUGCAAAGGGUGCGCUAAAACUCAGUGGACAGAAAAAAACAGCCCCAGUGGAUGAUUUCAGUUGGAUAGAAGAAGAGUUUGCUCCCAUUGAGGAUAAGACUGUGAAACCAGCAAGUUCCUACAACUGGGGUGAUGCUGAUGCUGGAGGUGGUGGUGGUGGUGCGGCUGAUUUCUUCACUACAGUUGACACCGGCUCAAGAACAGCUAAAAGGUCUUCAGAUGAGCCCAAAAAGAUUUUAACGCCCACCUCAAGGGAGACCACUCCAGUACAGAACCAGUCUAAUCCCUCCACAGCAGCUGUGACCAGUAACCAGUCUACAGUGGUGCACACCACGGGGGCAAGGCAUCAGUCUACAGUGGGGCCCCCUUCAGGGAUAGGGGAGGACUCUUAUUGGGGCUCCACAGGGGGAUGGGAGGAUGAUGGAUGGGGAGAUUCCUCAGCAUCAAAUGAAUCUGAAGCUGAUCGUAAGAAGAGGGAAAGAGAAGACAAGAGACUACAGCGACAAAAGGAGCUUGAAGAUAAACGACAGGCCAAAAAAUCGAGUGCAAUGAAACUUGGGGCGAAAAAAUUAGCCUCUGAUUAGUAUUUUAUUAUGUAUUUAUACUGUGAUAAAUUGAUAUGUAUUACUGCUUUGUCUGGGAACAGCGUACAUAAUUUUGAGCUUUUAAUAACUCAAAAGCAUUGUUGCUGGUCAAGUGUAAAGCGACUUAAACUUGGCUCACAGCGAUAAACCAGUAGCCAAAACAUACAUAAGACUGUCUGUCUAUUUGUCCAGGGUUGUAUGUCUACUUAUUAGAAGUAUAUUGAUUUGAUAAUACAACCAAAGAAUGAUAAUAGUACCUACAAAGUUGUGAUACUUGCAUGGAGGGUGUCCUUGUACACUAUCAACACAAUCACAUCAUCUGACCUCAUGUUAACAUUGACAGUGACUCAUUAUUGGACUGAGAAUGUUUCAAAGUCAAAUUUCUUGGUUUACCCUAGCUGAAAUUUUAUUCUGGUAUCAAUAUUGCUUCCUACAAAGCUUUGAUACUGACAUUUGUGUUGUCUCUAAAAACACACAAAUAACUUGACCUCAUUGUAACCUUGACCUAAUUUUGGACGUAUUCAAAUGGUCCAAUGAAUCCUGGCUUCCAUCAUAGGCUUCAGUGUUUAUUGAAUGCCACAUCUUUACUUAUGAACUAAAUACCUAAGUGCUUAUUCUAAUACCAGUUUUGUUUUGAAUAGAUGUUACUAGAUGUGUCUGGAAUGUUUAGUUGUGGAACAACUAUACAUAUGUAUGAAAUAUUAUUGUAUAGAUUUUUUUUGUCUCCACUGUUUAUUAUUUAUGGUUGAUGGAUUACUCAUAUGAAUAUUGUACAUUGUACAAUAAAAUUACAUACCGAU